UCUUAAUACCAACCUUUUCCUCUUUGACCGUGUGCGCCACGGCUCCCGGCGACUGGACCGCUCAGAUGCCUCUUCCCACUGGCCCAGAAGCUGCGGGAAGUUGACCAGCCAGGGUGGCCCACCCUGCCCAUCGGGGAACAUGGGUCCGUGGGUGCCCUUCGGCGUUCGUGUUCCGAGCAAGGAAAGCAGAGAGGGACACCUCUUCUUGUGCAAAUGUAUCUGAGGGCCCCAGAGCUUUUAAAAGUUACUUUAGGAUCACAGCUUCCUAAAUUCCCUGACCCGCAUGCCGUGGUUUAUCCUAGAUAUGAGGGAAAUUCUCCUGGCUCUUAUCCUGGGGGCAAGCGUUUUCUGCGCCAUCAGCAGCAGCCUCCUCAAUUUCAAGGUGAUGAUCGAAAGGAUCACCAAGAGAAACGCUCUCAUCUAUUACAACGGAUACGGCUGCUACUGCGGAAAGGGCGGGCGAGGGAAGCCGAGGGACAGGACAGAUAUGUGCUGUUUCAACCACGACUGCUGCUACGAGCGCUUGCACCAGCGGAAGUGCCACCCAUACAUUGAUCACUACAGAUACCUGAUCAUCAAUGGCGAUGUUCUUUGCAACUACAGGAACAAGUCCAUCUGCUCUAUGUUGGCUUGCGAAUGUGACGAGCAGGCGGCCUAUUGUUUCAGCCAGGAAGCCAAAAGCUACAACCGAAAAUGGCGCCAUUACCCCGGCAUCCUCUGUAAAGAACCCACCCCGAAAUGUCCUGAGGAAAAAAACGAUCAGGGCAACGAGUCUUCUUCCACCAACCAGAGCCGUCAACAAGAGUCGGGAGGCUCUCAAACGAGAACGAAUCCGGCCCUAAUUUUGCAACUGAAAUGAAAAGCUUGCAAGAGUUCUGAAUACGGUC